GUGAUUCCUGGAGUGGAGAUGGCAGCGCUUGCAUCUCUACCCCCGCUCCCCCCGCAGUUCAAGAGCAUACAGCAUCAUUUGAGGACGGCUCAGGAGCAUGACAAGCGGGACCCUGUGGUAGCCUAUUACUGUCGCUUAUAUGCGAUGCAGACUGGAAUGAAGAUUGAUAGUAAAACUCCUGAAUGUCGUAAAUUUUUAUCAAAGCUAAUGGAUCAGUUAGAAGCUCUUAAGAAACAGUUGGGUGAUAAUGAAGCCAUUACUCAAGAAAUAGUUGGCUGCGCCCAUUUGGAGAAUUAUGCUUUGAAAAUGUUUUUGUAUGCAGAUAAUGAAGAUCGUGCUGGGCGAUUUCACAAAAACAUGAUCAAGUCCUUCUAUACUGCAAGUCUUUUAAUAGACGUCAUAACAGUAUUUGGAGAACUCACUGAUGAAAAUGUGAAACACAGAAAGUAUGCAAGAUGGAAGGCAACAUAUAUCCAUAAUUGUUUAAAGAGUGGGGAGACUCCUCAAGCAGGCCCUGUUGGAAAUGAAGAAGAUAAUGAUGUUGAAGAAAAUGAAGAUGCUGGAGCAGCCUCUCUGCCCAUACACCCACCUCAGCCAUCAUCAUCUUCAACUUAUGAUCCAAGCAACAUGCCAUCAAGCAGCUAUACUGGAAUACAGAUUCCUCCAGGUGCACACGCUCCCGCUAACACACCAGCAGAAGUGCCUCACAGCCCAGGUGUAACAAGUAAUACUAUCCAACCUACUCCACAGACUAUUCCAGCCAUUGAUCCUGCACUGUUCAGUACAGUUUCCCAGGGGGACAUCCGCCUAACCCCAGAGGACUUUGCUAGAGCUCAGAAAUACUGCAAAUAUGCUGGCAGUGCUUUGCAAUAUGAAGAUGUAAGCACUGCUGUACAGAAUCUACAGAAGGCCCUCAAGUUACUGACAACAGGCAGAGAAUGAGGCUUUUGUACAAUAGAUACUUGUAUUUGGGGGGUAAGGAACUAACAGUCCAUUACUCUGUGUUCAGCCUAUUGGGAGCACAGUUUUAAGAAAGACAUCUGUUCAUUGACUGUGACAAUAAAAUCUGUGUGUACGAGACUCCUAUUGAAGCAUUCUUCCAUCAGCAGCCUCAACCAGUUUUCAUUGUUCAUUUAGUGGAUCUAAUAAUUUCUGGGUAUAUAGAGCUGAUGUUAGCAAGAACCUAAAAAUGCCCUGCUUCAAAAAAUAAAAACAUACCUUUUUGUAAAAUAUAUAUUGGGAAUAAGCUUUGUAUCUUAAUUUACAUACAUUAAGGGAAUUUUUUUUUUAAUCUAUAACAUUUGGUCAAACAGAACAUAUUACAUUACCAUAUAAUUCUAAAUUUAACUUUUAAUAAAGACUGUCAGAAUAUGCUAGAUUAGAAAUGAUGUUUUUGUUUUCCUCAAGAUCUAUAAAACAAAUAUGAAUGUGCUAAACUGUUAAAUGAAUCUGAAAGAGAUUAUGUUCCAAACUCAAUUGAUAUUUAUGUUAAAUAAUAACUACAUUAAAAGUUUAAAAAUUUCAUGGAAGGAAAUUCAUGGAAGGUAAAGGGGUAAAAUCACUUUUAGACUUAAGAAUAAUGUUUGUUUCCCAACUGCUUGUUCUUACCCAUUUAAGCUUAAGGUGAAUUGCUAUUUGCUUCAUAGGGCAGUUUGACUGCAUGUAUUAGAGAAUGAAAAAAGAUAUUUAUAGUAAUGCCUGGAAACUUGGUGCUUUAAAUUAAAGUUCUCCUCUGCUGCUGCUAUGGAAUGGAUUUCAUAGAGUGUAUACCUGUGAAUGAUGCAGAAAAUAAGACUUAAGAUUCUCAGUUGUUAGGAUUAUAAGUUUUGUGGAGAAUUAUGGACUUAACUGUGUCACCUGCAUUUGUGCUGUGUAAAAAAUAAAUAGAAGGAUUCAUUUAACUAGUUCAGCUUAUUACAGAGCCAAAUGUCUGUUUGAGUUGCAUGCUAGAAUUGUCAUUUUUAAAAUUCUUAUUUUUAGUUACAGGAAUACAGGAUGCUUCCAUAGUAAAAAACAAUUUUUUUAAAAAAAGAAAAAUUUGACAAGUUUACUGGAAAUUUAUCUGGUCCAUUUCAUUCAUGCCACUAAGAUUGAAAUUCUUUAACGUAAGGGGUCAGUCACGGGCAGUGGCCCAUGGGCUGGCCACCUGUUAUGUAAAUAAAGUUCUGUUGGAACAAAACCA